AUGGAUUCCAGCGCCCAUAAAUUCUAUCAUGUACACGGCUUUGACUCUAGAGAAUAUCUGGAAACAUAUUUAUCUAGCAAACCAAACAUGGUCUUUGGAGAUGAUUCAAUUAAAUUUCCAAUGGAAUGUUUACACCGUGCAUUCAAUGAGGGUCACAUUAAGGGAGACCUUUUGAUUGACAUCAGUGCUGGAUCCUUCAUUCAUCUUCUAUAUACACCCAGUGGAUAUUUCAAACAGAUCCUUGUGCUGAAGUGCUCUGAGCAAUGUAUUAUGGAGCUGAACAAAUGGAUUAACACACGUACCGGAGCGUUUGAUUGGUCUCACGUAAUGGAAUAUAUUAAAUGUACAGAAGGAAACAGUGAACAAUGUCAGGACAAACACAUGACAUUGAAGACGGCAAUAACAAAGAUCAUGAAAUGUGACAUUGGCAAUGAGAAUCUCACAGACCCGGAGGUGUUCCCACCAGCAGACUGUGUCAUCAGUGCAUUGAUGUUGGAUUACAUCAGCAAAGACCAAGAUGAUUAUUUAAGUAAUUUCAGAAAAUUUGUGAAGCUACUAAAACCUGAAGGAACCCUUUUAUUGUUUGGGCUUUUAAAUACAACUUAUAUGAUGAUUGGGCAGGACAAGGUACAUAUGUUCAGAUAUGAUGAGAAAUUUGCAAGAAAAGUUCUCACUGAUGAAGGGUUUGUUAUUGACCACUGUGCAGUCCACAAAAGAACAGCAGUGAGUGACCUUUCUGACUAUGAGGCUGUUAUAUUUAUCACCGCUCAUAGAGAGUAAUAAGGGCCUGGUCCUGAGUCACAUGCUGUUGAGCAUCAGUUGCACUUGCGUGUAUUAUUUAUACUGCGCAUGUGUCUAUAUCACACUGUGUAUAUAUCCUAAUUGUGUUUGUAUAGAGAUGAAGUAGCUUUGACACACACGUAGAAGUGUAUUAAAAAUGUUUUAGGUGUUCCCAGGUGUGGUUUCAGAGAGUAUAUGUGCCCAUGUUCAGGUUUUGUGUGGGCCCCCUCCUCUCUGG